AUGAACAUUCCACGUCAUCGCCAGACGUUCGUCGUCUGGCUCGGCGACUUCAACCGCCACUCUCCAGUGUGGGAUGCAGCUCACAACGCUCACUUGUUUACGACACAGAAUCUUGCAGCAGCCGACCGCCUCCUGCGGCUGCUGGCACGACAUGACCUUGUCAUGGCACUACCGCCGGGCAUCGCUACCCUCGAAGCAUGCAACUCCAAAAACGAGACCCGUCCAGACAACGUUUUCAUUUCCGGCGACUGCGAAGACUGUGUCGUCCACUGCCAGGCAUACCCCGCGCUGCGCCCUCCUCGU